AAACAUAUAGAGCAAGCGGCGAACCAACAGGAAUUCUGUGUAAGAAGAAAGAAGUAUUUUGGGAUAGGUGAAGCAACAUCACACAUGUUGCAGAAAUGGGGAACCAGCUAAAUAAUACAAGCCAUAAUGCAACAGAUCAGGUAAUUCCCAUGAAUGACAUUGAUCCAUCAGUGGAACAUUUCCAACUGGUUGUCUACGUUCCAACAUUUAUUUUUGGAUUGCUCUUUAAUAUAAUGGCCCUGUGGAUGUUAUUCUUUAGAAUAAAAAAAUGGUUGGAGACAACAACAUACGUGACUGCUUUGAUUUUCUUUGAUUUCCUGUUGUUGUUAACCCUCCCAUUCAAAAUAAGAGCCUAUGACCUGGGAAAAGAUUGGGACCUAGGGCCAAUGACCUGCACAUUCCUGGAGAGUCUGUACUUUGUUAAUAUGUAUGGGAGCAUCCUAAUAUCUGUUUGUAUUGGCAUGGACCGGUACAUUGCCAUCCAGCACCCAUUCUAUGCCAAUGAUUUACGAUCCCCUAAGAAAGCAACUGCUAUAUGCAUCUUAACUUGUAUCCUUGUAUGGAGCUUUUCACUUGGAUACAUGUAUAAGCAGAAGGACAAAAUGAAGAGAAAGCACUGUUUCUAUGGAUUUUCAGAUACAGUAUGGAUGAACGUAACUUUGGUCACUGUGUUGGAGUUAGUGUUCAUCAUAAGUGCUACCAUUUUAACAUUUUGUACAACUCGAAUAGUUCUUACACUUAAAAAGAGAACCAGAUUGAAUUCUUUUGUCACUUCGCCACAGAGAUCAAUCAAAGUUGUCAUUGCAAAUUUGUUAAUAUUUUUGUUUUCAUUUAUACCAUUCCACAUAUCACUAAUCUUAUACCAUUUGGUGAAAACAGAAGUCAUAUUGCCUGCUCAUACACACCACUUGCGCAUCUUUAUUCAGGUGGCCCUGUGUAUUGCUAAUAUCAAUUGUUGCCUUGACGCUAUGUGUUACUACUUUAUAUUCAAAGAAUUCUUAAACUAAAAAAAAACAAAACAUAUUUCAAAACUAUUUGUUUUAUUUUAGCUAAAACUUAUUUUUCUGAGGAUUAAAAGCCGACAGGAUAUAAAUGUUUAGGUUUUCUCGUAAAUUGUUUACAUUAGAUCUGCUAAUGGAAUUUUCUAUUAGUAAACAUGUUUAUUUCUAUAA